AUGGCGGAGCACGCAGAGGCAGAAGGCAUUAGCCUUUCGGCUAACAGCAUGGCUCAGCAGCCAGGACUACGGUUCCUUGCCACUGCCCCUCAUCCUGCCAACCCCCCCACCCACAGGCAGCCUUUACUGAGCCCCCCUGUGCCUCCCUUUGCCAUGAUGAGGGGUCCUCCACCCACUGCACGACCGCCCUUCGGACGAAUCCCCUUUGACCCCAGUGUGCCCCCACCCAUUGGUGCCCCCCCUUUACAAAGACCACCGUUCAUGCCUCUGCCAGGUGGAUCCAUGCCACCACCACCCGGCAUGAUUUUCCCACCAGGGAUUCUACCUUCAGCUUCUCCUGCUCCCCCAUCCCAGCCCUCUACUGAAGAGAUCUGGGUGGAGAACAAGAGUCCAGAAGGAAAGGUGUAUUACUACAACGCACGUACGCGGGAGUCAUCCUGGACGAAGCCUGAAGGAGUGAAGGUGAUCCAGCAGGCUGAGUUGGGUCCAUUGAUGUUAGGCCAGGCGGUAGCAGCAGCUGCAGCAGGAGGGGGUUCCACUGGACCAGGUCCGACUGCCAGCAUCCUACCUGCAGCCAACAGCACUUCAACCACACACACCUUACAAAACCCCCUCACCACAGCUCUGAACUCAACCCUGACUCCCAGCAUAACAGCAACCUCAGCUCUCCUACCAACUCCUGUAUCAGCUGCCCCUGAAGUCGUGGAGAUGCCGUCUGCUGUUACCACAAUCCCCAGUGCCAUGCCAACCCCAUUAGCAACUGUCAAUCCUCCUACAGUUACAGUCGCCAUGACAACAGGGCCAGUGGCGUUGCCCCAUAAUGUGCCACAGCCUACUGCUCCAAUGCCAGGAUUCCCUCCUGUCAUGGUGCCACCCUUCAGAGUGCCACUGCCCAGCAUGCACAUUCCGCUGCCCGGUGUAGCAAUGAUGCAGAUAGUCAGCUGUCCCUAUGUAAAGACUAUCUCUGCUACCAAAAACGGUAUGCUGCCUAGCAUGGCACCGCCCUUAGUGCCCAUGAUGCCCCCUCAAAUGAUGGCAUCUGGACGAUCAGGACUACCUGGUGUUUUUUGCACAUCUGAGUGGACUGAGUUCAAAACUCCAGAGGGAAAGUCCUACUACUACAAUAAGCACACACAGGAGACAACCUGGGACAAACCUGAGGAGAUUAAAGAAUCAGAAAAAGAGAGUCAGAGGGUCAAGGACUUAAUUAUGGACAUGAAUGAUGGUGAAAUCAUGGACAUGGAAGAUGGAAGCCCGAAUAUUGACCCUCCAAAAGAGCACAAAGAGGAGCUGAAAGAGGAAGAUAUGACAGAGGAGCAGAAGGCAGCUAAAAAGGCAAAACCCAUAGCGACCACACCCAUCCCCGGCACGCCGUGGUGUGUGGUGUGGACGGGCGAUGAGCGGGUCUUCUAUUAUAACCCCACCACACGUCUGUCCAUGUGGGAACGGCCGGAAGAGCUGGUGGGACGGGCUGAUGUAGAUAAAGCGAUUCAGGAACCUCCGCACAGAAGAGGCCUGGACAACAGCCACAAACCAGUGCUGGCUAAAGAGGAGCAGGAAUCUUCAGGUGCUGAAGAGACACCUGAAGAUGAACCCAACAAGGCCAAGAGAAGAAAGAAAGAGGAGAAGAAGGAGAUCGACUCUGAGAAGGACGCAGCAAUGGAGGCAGAGCUGAAGGCAGCGAGAGAGAGAGCCGUGGUUCCUCAAGAGGCUCGCAUGAGUCAGUUUAAAGACAUGCUGCUUGAGCGAGGGGUCUCUGCAUUCUCUACCUGGGAGAAGGAGCUUCAUAAGAUUGUAUUUGAUCCACGUUAUCUGCUGCUCAAUCCCAAAGAGAGGAAACAGGUGUUCGAUCAGUAUGUGAAGACUCGCGCUGAGGAGGAGAGGAAAGAGAAAAAGAAUAAAAUCAUGCAGGUCAAAGAUGACUUCAGGAAAAUGAUGGAUGACGCCAAGCUGGGUGUCAGAACAACUUUCAGUGAGUUUGCUGCUAGACACGCUAAGGAUUCACGCUUUAAGGCCGUUGAGAAGAUGAAAGACAGGGAAUUCAUUUUUAUUGAAUUCAUGACAGCCCUCAGGAAGGAGAAAGAGAACUCAAAGAACCGAGGAGAAAAGGUAAAGCAGGACUUCUUUGAGCUGCUCUCAGAUUAUCAUGUGGAUGGUCAGCAGCGCUGGAGCAAAGUCAAGGAGAAGAUGGAGACUGACCCUCGCUACAAAGCCGUAGAAACCUCUGCAGCGCGUGAAGAACUCUUCAAGAGCUACGUAGAGCGUCUAGCCAAGAACCCAGACUCCGAGAAAGAGAAGGAACUGGAGAAACAGGCUCGGAUAGAGGCCAGUCUGAGGGAGAGAGAGCGGACGGUGCAAAGAUUUCGCUCUGAACAGACUAAAGAGAUCGACCGUGAGAGAGAACAGCACAAGAGAGAGGAGGCCGUCCAGCAUUUUAAAGCACUCGUGUCGGAUAUGGUAAAGUUGCCCGAUGCCACGUGGUCGGAGACACGGCGGACACUGAGGAAGGACCACCGCUGGGAGUCAACCUCUCUCCUGGAGAGAGAAGAGAAAGAGAGACUCUUCAAUGAGCAUAUCGAGGCUCUCGCCAGGAAGAAAAAAGAGCAUUUUCGCCAAAUUUUAGACGAGACAACCUCGAUCACAUUGAUGUCAUCGUGGAAGGAAGUGAAGAAGCUCAUUAAAGAGGAUCCCAGAUGCAUCAAGUUUUCUAGCAGUGAGAGAAAAAGACAGAGGGAGUUUGAUGACUACAUCAAAGACAAGUACAUCACAGCCAAAGCAGAAUUCAGAACACUCCUGAAAGAGACCAAGUUCAUCACCUACAAAUCUCGUAAAUUGAUGCAGGAGUCCGAGCAGCACUUGUCAGACAUCGAGAAUAUCUUGCAGAAGGAUAAAAGGUACCUGCUUCUGGACUGCAUGUCAGAGGAUAGACAGAAGCUCCUCAUUUCGUAUGUGGAUGAGCUGGACCGCAGGGGGCCUCCUCCCCCUCCCACUGCCUUUGAACCCACGCGGCGCUCCACCAAGUGAUAACACAAACUACUCCCAGAUCUGAUCUCCAUUUCUUGACCACACAAAACCACCGUUCACUUUAUAGACUCACAGAAACUUUCAAAAAGAUCACUCCAGUCCAAAGGUACUCAGUCAAACCUCUGAAAGUGAAAAUCUAGUGGAAGUGAAUGUAUGGAGUGAACUGAUCCUAAAUCAGAAUUUAGGAAUAAUCUUUUAAAGGAAUAGUUCACCCAAAAUUGGAAAUUCUGUCAUCAUUUACUCACCCUAAUGAUGGUAGAAUUUCCAGAUUUGGAUGAAGUAUUUCUUCCAGGGCACAUGGUGCAUACCUGUUUGCUGCAGAACAUCAGGUGUGUUUCAUGUACAGCACACCUAACUCAUGCCAUCGAGAACAUCAUCAGAUAGUGACCAAUCAAAUUAGCUAUUUGGACUAACAGGGAGGGUUUUUCUAGACAUAUGUCCCAUAUUUCCACUAUGAGACAUACACUUUAUCUGUCCAGUCUAAAGCCACAUUACAUAAUGACUACAAAUGGUAGAGCCUGACUUGUGUUUGGGUAACCGUAAUAAAGGGUUUACUUGUGCCUGCCGACCUGUUUCCUCCCAUCAGCCUGGCCUACAGUCACCUGUUGGGGUUCUAGAUCGCCCAACAUGAAUUCGGUUCUCUGCCUCCCACCUUUUUCUCCACACUUUUGAGAAACUGUGAUUUGUUGAAAUUGGGUGAACCUCCCGGUUUCUGAAACGUUGUUUUGGUGACUGUAGUUGCCCACAGGGAUAUUCAAGAAUUAUGAAAGCUUCUCUGUCUGAUUGUCAUUUUAACAGACUGUUUGGUCAACAUAUAAAAUGUUUUUAGAUGAUGAAUAUGUAUGGAUAUGUAUUCAUUACUUGAAGUUGACCAUGUCGACUUGUCAAUUGUUCAGAUGUUUCUCAAAAAAAAGAUUUUAGACUUCCUUUAUGUACAGAUGAACUUGAAUAAAAGCAACCCAUUUUUUUUUUUUACUCAGAUGCCAGUAUUUCUGUGCCAGUCAAAUGUGUUUUUACAGUCGUAACAGACCACAAAAACAGAACUCCCUUGUUGAUAAUGCAUUACGAUGUAUUUAUUAUUUUACCCAAAUGCAUUUGCUAAAUAUUUUCUCUUAUAUAUCACAGUUAAAUUCUGUUGACACGUUGAAAACAACAGAAUACAAAAUGACAGCUAAAUAAUUUCCUCUUAUUUUUUUUUUUCUUUUUGUACAGCUGAAAUUGAAUAAAAGCAAGACAUUUCACUAUGGUGCCAGUAUGUUUUUAGGGAAUUG